AUGCCUGCCGCUGCCGACGGAACAACGGUCCUUCCUCAGCUGGAGCCCCGGCUCCAGCCUAGGAUUGUACGCGUCGCCGCGGCUCAGUUCGAGCCCGUGCCUUUUGAUCUCGAGGCCAACAUCGCCAAGGCCUGCAAGUACAUUACCGAGGCGGGGCAUAAGGGAGCCAAACUCAUCGCAUUCGCGGAAUGUGCGAUUCCAGGUUAUCCCUACUGGAUCUGGACCCGCUCCAUCGACAUGGAGAUGGCAGAGAAGUACAUGAAUAAUUGUCUCAAGGUCGACUCACCCCAGUUCCAGCUGCUCUGUGCCGCUGCCAAAGAGGCCAAGGUCUCCGUCCACCUGGGCUUCUCCGAGCACUACAACCGGACCUUGUACAUCGCCUCGGCCAUGAUCGGCGCCGACGGCGAGAUCAAGAUGACGCGGAGGAAGAUCAAGCCAACGCACAUGGAGCGGACCAUCUUCGGGGACGGGAGCGGCGCGUCGCUGAUGAAUGUCGUCGACAUUCGCGGCAUUGGCAAGGUCGGCGGCCUCAACUGCUGGGAGCACACUCAGCCCUUGCUCCGUUACCAUACUUACAGCCAGGGAGAGGAGAUUCAUGUCGCCGCAUGGCCCGCGAUGCUCAGCUGGGAAAGUGGCAAGAGUCCCUAUCACACUGCAGCUGAGGGUAAGGAAGCCUUAGAGCAAAUCCACAGCGUUGAAGGCAGCUGCUUUUCCCUCUACGUCAACAGCAUCCUGCCACAGAGCACCAUCGACCUUCAGAAUUGCAAGGAGGGAGCUCUCUUCAACAAACCCGGCGGAGGCUUGACGCAGAUCUUCGCACCCGACGGAUCGCCACUUGAGACCUACGUGCAGACGCUGAAGGAGGACGAGGAGGGUCUUGUCAUUGCUGAUCUUGACUUGAGGGAAAUCGACAGAGCGAAGCAUUACCUCGACACCCACGGACAUUACAGCCGACCCGACCUCCUAUGGCUCGGCGUCGACAAACGUGAGAAGAAGCACGUCCGGUACGAAUAA